CUCUCACUACUUCACCAUCCUCAACCUUCUUUAUUUUGAUUCUUCGAAACUCACAUUGAAAACUUCUCAACAUGAGUUAUCAUCCUAUAUUUGAUACCAUCGCGGUUGCUUUUCUCGCCCCAAUCGUUAUCGGGUUUACAUCCCCUUCAUCACCGCUGCGACGAAUCUCCUUAUUCGUCUUGGCCUAUUUAACAUUUCAUUGUCUUUCAAGCUGCCCAGAUUAUAUCAAAAGGAGCAUUUGGGCUGCAGCUUUAGGAGGAUAUACACUUUUCUCAUUCUUGCAUUACCUAGACGUCGCUGUGCUUAGUGGUUGGAGCUUCGACGCUCGGGGUCCUACUAACGGCUUGAUAAAUCGAAAUGGAAGGGUUAGCAAUUCAAAGAAAUACCCAUACUCGAGUGGAUCACACCGAUUGAACAUAACAUCUCGCCUGAAGUUCGGCUUCUCAAUUUUCUUCUCAUGGCGUUUUGUGAAUACACCGUACCAGGUCAGGGCCGUGCCACAGCUAGACAAAACUUUGUAUUCGUCUACUCGCUUUCUUUUCUACACUGGCUGGACGAUACUUGCUUGCUAUCUAGUGCUAGAUGAAAUGAACUCUUUGCGAGACAAGAAUAUUACUACGAAAUUCUGGCUUCUAGAUAAAAUCAACCCGUUUUCUAGAGCUGGGGAAGUCUCGUUUAGGGAGAGAUACUUCGCUACCAUUGGACUAGGUGUAAGCCUCAUAUCAUUCCAGCGUGGGGUGUACGCGGUUGCGUCCUUUGUCUGUGUGGCUAUGGGCCUAAGUUCUCCAUGGGAUUGGCCCCCUUUUAACGGACCUAUCUUAACGUCGUUUAGUUUAAGAUACACUUGGAGCAUAUUCUGGCCUCAGACUAACAGCCACUGGCUGCAUGCAUUGGCGAAUUACGUCGUGUAUGACAUCUUCCGGCUACGAAGAAGUGGCAGGCUAGUUCGAUAUAUGCGUAUAUGCUUGAUGUUCGCCAUAUCUGGAGCCAUCCAUGUUGCUGUUGACUUCUCUUCAGGAAUACCGGUUUUGAAAUCUGGGGCACUACGUUUCUUCCUAAUCCAGCCAUUGGGUAUUUUUAUUGAAGAUAUAAUCAGCGUCGCGCCUGGUAUUGACCUACUGCCGCACAUCGUGCAACGUUUCUUAAGCUUUAUUUGGUUAAGUUUGUGGAUGACAUGGACAGCACCGGGUUAUGUAUACCCUAUUAUUUACAAAAGUGCAUCGGGUGGCGGGUUGGUGCCUUUUAGUAUUAUAGGCUAUCUUAAGCAAAACUAUUAGCAAAAGUAUCUUAAGAAAGAUUCUUGCUCUCGUUCAUAAGUACAAUGGCCCGAUCAGAGGGUUUACCAAGGUAUAACAAUAUGGUUUAGGAAAUAUUUCAUAUAGUUAGAUCAUUUCGAAAUUCUAGGGUAGAGUUCUUCAGACAGAUUUUCAGAGACUUCAAGCUCUAAACUAUAACUAGGUAAUUUGUUGAUAUUCAUGUGGUAAUCAAAACAAGAUAUUUUAA